GUUGACAGCGUGAUCACGUGAUCAGCGACGACAGCGAUAAUCUGUAUCAUAACUUCCUGGUUAUUGUCAAGCGUUGGUGUGUUUUGAGGAAUCAAGAAAUGCCUAUCUACAGAGUUCCGUGCGGGUGUGAGCCGAGCCGGCGCCCCCGUGUGGUGUAACCGGGCGCUGCGCGGAGAUGUUGUGGUGCUGGGGCAGCACGGCGGACGGGCAGCUGGGCGUCGGCGACGGCGAGAGCUCGGUCCGCGAGCCGCGCGCCUGCCGGGUCUUCAGUGGCCGGGGGCUGAGGGAGGUGGCGUGCGGCCGGCACCACUCCCUGUUCCUGUUGCAUGAUGGGAGCGUGUACACCUGCGGCUCAAACAGCUGUGGGCAGCUGGGCACGGACAAGCCUGGAGGCACCCCAGAGCUGGUGGGGGCUCUGGACGCCCAGAAGAUUUUGGGCGUGGCCUGUGGGCAGGCCCACUCCGUGGCGGUGAACGAGCUGGGCCAGGUGUUCACCUGGGGGGCCGGCGGCGGGGGCCAGCUGGGCCUCGGCACAGCGGAAGAGGCCGUCAGGAUACCCAGGUUGAUUAAAAAGCUGUGCGAACACCGAAUUUCUCAAAUCAUGUGUGGCAACCAACACUGUAUAGCACUUUCUAAAGACGGACAGCUGUUCACGUGGGGUCAGAACUCCAGCGGCCAGCUGGGUUUGGGGAAGGGGCGGCCCUGCUCCCUGUCCCCGCAGCCCCUCAAGUCUCUAUCGGGGAUCCCGCUGGCCCAGAUCACGGCGGGGGGGGACCACAGCUUCGCCCUGUCCCUCUCGGGGGCCGUGUUCGGGUGGGGGAAGAACAGCGCGGGACAGCUGGGCCUUAACGACGAACAGGACCGCGCCGUGCCCUGCCACAUAAAGUUCCUGAGGACGCAGAAGGUCGUUUACAUCAGCUGUGGGGAGGAGCACACGGCUGCCCUGACUAAGGACGGGGGCCUGUUCACGUUCGGGGACGGCUCGCAGGGGCAGCUCGGCCACGACUCCACCAACAACGAGCUGCUGCCGCGCCGGGUCCUGGAGCUGAUGGGGAGCGAGGUGUCCCAGAUCGCCUGCGGCAGACAGCACACCCUCGCCUUCGUGCCUUCCUCGGGGCUGGUCUACGCGUUCGGCUGCAACAGCAAAGGGCAGCUGGGCACGGGAACCAAGGGCAACGCCCAGAGCCCACUUCCUGUCACCUACACAGGAAGUCCCCGGCGGUCAGAAAGUCAGAGCGAUGCACGCGGGAGGUCGUGGCCAGACUUGUUCAGGGACGUCGCCAGGCGUGCUUUUCCUUGGAGACGUUCAGCUGAUGCUUUAGACACAGAGAAAUGCAUCGUUAGCAGAAUUCAUUGUGGAGGGGACCACAAUUUCCUGUUGUACUGCAGUAAGGAGAGCUCAACAGUCCCUGAAGACUUCCGCAUUAUUAAUUCCACAAAAAGCAUCUCCAUAAUUAAUCAGGAAAAUUUAAAUACCUGGAGGAUGAAGCUCCUAGAGGGCUCAGACUCCGGUAUAACGAAUGACAUCAUCCUGCUCCUUUCAUCAACCGCAUGCUGGAAUGCCAGUUUCCUGGAUCUAAGCGAUGACGGACACUUCAAAACCAACCCCAAAAUCCCUGGGAUCGAUCUGAGGUCUGUCAGGGUGGUGUUUGACACCCUGAUGAAACCGGCGUUUUCGAGACUGCUGGAGCAGGCCACAAAGAGUUUCGAGAGCCUCCUGAUCCCCCAGCUGCCCCCCUCCCCUCCGGACGUGGAGGCCAUGCGGAUCUACCUGAUCCUGUCCGAGUGCCCCGUGCUGCAGGACUCCAAGUACUACAUCACCCUGACCAUCCCCCUGGCCAUGGCCAUCCUGCGGCUGGACACCAACCCCAGCAAGGUCCUCGAUAACUGGUGGUCCCUGAUGGACUGCAGCGUGUUCUCGCGGCUGGUCGAGAUGUACAAGAGCAUCGUGGUGUUCCUGCUGACCAGCGGCAAGGCCGUGCUCAUCCCCGUCUUCGUGGACAGCUACAUCAGCGCCACCCUCAAGCUCCUGGAGAAGCUGCACAAGGUCAAUCAGAAAGCUCAGCACGUGGAGUACAACCGCUUCUACAUUCCCGACAUCAGCAACCUGGUGGACAUCCAGGAGGACUACCUCAAGUGGUUCCUGAGCAAGGCUGAAAUCAAAAUGAGGUCCCCACCAGUGCAGAGCUCAGUGACGCUGUGUGCAUAUCCGUUCAUUCUGAACGCUCAGGCGAAGACGACCAUGCUACAGACCGACGCUGAGCUACAGAUGCAGAUGGCGGUGAGCGGGGCGAACCUGCACAACGUGUUCAUGCUUCUGACACUGGAACCACUGCUGGCACGGAACCCUUUCCUGGUUCUGCAUGUCCGGAGGGACCACUUAGUGAGCGACGCACUGCGUGAGCUCACCAUCUACUCCGACAUUGACCUCAAGAAGCCACUCAAGGUGAUAUUCGACGGGGAGGAGGCCGUGGAUGCUGGGGGAGUGACCAAGGAGUUCUUCCUCCUGCUCCUGAAGGAGCUGAUGGACCCGGUGUACGGAAUGUUCACCCAGAACACCGACUCCAACCUGCUCUGGUUUUCUGACAAAUGUUUUGUGGAGCACAACUGGUUCCACCUGAUCGGAAUCAUCUGCGGCCUGGCCAUCUACAACUCCACGGUGGUGGACCUGCACUUCCCCCUCGUCCUGUACAAGAAGCUGCUGGACGUGUGCCCGUCCUUGGAGGACCUGAAGGAGCUGUCCCCUACGGAGGGAAGGAGUCUGCAGCAGCUGCUGGAUUACGAAGGCGACGAUGUGGAGGAGACGUUCUGCCUCAACUUCGCUAUUACAAGGGAGUAUUAUGGCCUGACGGAGGUGAAGGAGCUGGUUCCAGGUGGAGAGAACAUCAGUGUACACAAGGGCAACAGGGAGGAGUUUGUGGAGGCCUACCUCAACUACGUGUUCAGUGACUCCGUGAAGGAGCUUUACUCUGCCUUCUCGAGUGGGUUUCUGAAGGUCUGCGGUGGGAAGAUCCUGUCCCUGUUCCAGCCCUCCGAGCUCAUGGCCAUGGUGGUCGGCAAUAACAACUACAACUGGGAGGAAAUGGAGAAGAACGCUGUUUACAAAGGGGAGUACUCUGCAUCUCACCCCACAGUGAAGAUGUUCUGGGAGGUAUUUCAUGAGUUUCCACUUGAAAAGAAGAAACAGUUUUUAUUGUUCCUGACGGGCAGCGACCGCAUUCCCAUCCACGGCAUGGCGAGCUUGCGCAUCAUCAUCCAGUCCACGGCGGCGGAGGAGCACUACCUGCCGGUGGCGCACACCUGCUACAACCUGCUGGACAUGCCGCGCUACCAGACCAAAGACACGCUGCGGCGGCGGCUAACGCAGGCCGUGGAGCAGUACGAGGGCUUCAGCCUGGUGUGAGGGGGGG